CCUGCCCCACAAGAGCCCUCGAGGUCAGAUAUUACAACGAUUCAUAAUACUGUUGACAUUUACAAGACCGGGGAUGACCACCUGGAUGUUACGGUGUAUUAUAAAUAAUGUAGUAUAAUAAACUUUUGUUCGGAGAUUCAUUAUCGACUAUCUUAAGAAGUGUAAGGAAGUACACAUUUAAACUGUUUAUCAAUGUAGCACACACUGAGAGCACACAUAUUUGUUGAGUAAACACUUCACAGCGUUGUUUUCAACUUUGUACCGAAUGAGAACUUAGCAGAGGUUGUUUUUUCGCUCUAAUUACGCAGAGUGUAUCAAGUUAGAUUUUUGCGUUAAAAAAUAUUAUUCAACAAUGGAGGAUAAAUCUUACAGUUUUGUAACAGGCAGGAGAAACACAUUUCAUGUUUUGGAUUAUGUAUUUUUCAUUGGAACUCUGGUGGUUUCUCUGCUCAUCGGAAUAUUCUUCGGAUACAGAGGGAGAACCAAACAUAGUACAAAAGAAGUACUUCUUGCAGGAGGCAAAAUGCAUUUUAUACCUGUGUCAAUGUCACUUUUAGCAAGUUUCAUGUCGGCUAUAACAUUGCUCGGUACACCAGCAGAAAUGUAUAAUUUUACCACCAUGUAUUGGUACAUUGGCAUCUCUUAUUUCUUUGUUAUGUUCAUGGCAGCACAUAUAUAUCUUCCCAUCUUCUAUAACCUCGGGGUUACCAGUGUAUAUGAGUAUUUGGAGCAUCGGUUCAGCAAAGGUGUCAGAACAGCAGGCAUGUGUAUAUUCUCACUGCAAAUGAUGAUUUACAUGUCUAUUGUUUUGUAUGGACCAUCGUUAGCAUUAAAUGCAGUGACUGGUUUAUCGUUGUGGGGUGCUGUUGCUUCGGUUGGUAUUGUCUGCAUGAUUUAUACUGCACUGGGCGGAAUGAAAGCAGUGUUAUGGACGGAUUCUUUCCAAGUAAUAAUGAUGAUAACUGGUGUGUUAGCUACACUGAUCCAGGGCUCUAUAGAAGUCGGAGGAUUUGCUAAAGCAUGGGAAAUAGCAGCUGAUAAUGAGAGAGUAUGGUUUACAGAUUUUAGAGUAGAUCCAUCUGUCCGUCAUAGUGCCUGGGCUUUAGUCAUUGGUGGAUCAUUUUUAUGGGUGUCAGUCUAUGGUACUAACCAAGCACAAGUUCAACGGGCACUUACAUGUAAAUCAUUAAGAGAUGCUAAAAUAGCACUGUGGUUAAAUUUUCCUGGCCUGUGUAUUAUUCUAUAUUUGUGUUGUUUGGUUGGCAUUGUGUUGUAUGCAUUUUACAGACACUGUGACCCAGUGACAUAUGGCCUCAUUAUGGCAUCAGAUCAGCUUUACCCUCUGUUUGUGAUGGAUAUUAUGGGCCAUGUUCCUGGCGUUCCUGGAUUGUUUGUUGCCUCCAUUUUCAGUGGUAGUUUAAGCACAUUGUCUUCUGGAUUAAAUUCAUUGUCAGCUGUUUUAUUACAAGACAUUGUUAAAGUAUAUAUAGCUCCAAACAUUACUGAUCAGAGAGCAGCACUACUCACCAAAGUCUUUGCUGUCAUGUUUGGAAUUAUUUGUUUAAGUCUUACAUACGUGGCAUCUUUACUGGGCGGAAUCCUACAGGCAGCUCUGGCUAUAUUCGGCAUGUUGGGAGCUCCCAUGCUGGGUCUCUUCACCCUUGGUAUGCUAUUCCCGUGGGCAAAUAAAUGGGGAGCCUACAGUGGUCUUGCCACCAGUUUGAUUAUGAUGUUCUGGAUUGGAAUAGGAGCUUAUGUAACCAAACCAGACUUGGGAAAAGCUCCGAUCUCGUUAGCAGGAUGUCCAAACUUUACAGUAUUUUCAAAUGGAUCAGACACAUAUGUAGAAUAUGCCAAUUAUUCAAUGUUGUAUAACUCUACAAUAGAUAUGACUACUUCUAUAGCAGAUCUACCUGUAGAUGACUCGAACCCAGUAGAUAAGUUGUACACCCUGUCGUAUGUAUGGUACAGUUUUACAGCAGUGUUGAUUGUUGUUUUUGUUGGGAUGAUUGUAACAAUGAUAACUGGUAAAAAAGACCCAAAGACCAUAGAUGCCAGAUUGAUUUGUCCAGUUUUUGACGUUGUCUUUCCGUAUCUUCCAGAAAAAAUACUCAAACCGCUCAGAUUUGGAGUCAAUCAUAAAGGGAAAUAUGACAUUAAACCAACACCAUCUGAAAUGCCUUUGAAGGAAAAGAAUCCCAGCGUUGGAAAUACAGACCAACUGGUCAAUGGUAUUGACACUGAAAUGGAAAUUAUGGUUCAAAAUUCUGAUGAAAAAGGAAAAGAGGAUGUACAAUUCGUCUGAGAACACGAAAUAUAAAAUCUUGAUAAAUGGCAGACACAAUCCACCAGAACAGUAUUCUUAUAAGACAUAUUUUUUUGUAAAUAAAAUCAACUUCAUUUAAACUAG